AUGGCGAUAUUUAAGAUUGAAAAUAGGAAAGCUACUCCUCGACUCAUCCGUAACUCGAGUCACCAACAUCCUACCAUCCUCGGCAAGACCAGGCGACCAAGGACCGCCUUCACCAGUCAGCAACUCUUAGAAUUAGAGUUACAGUUCAAGAAGAAUAAGUACCUGUCACGACCGAAGCGCUUUGAAGUUGCCACGUCCCUCAUGCUGACUGAGACACAGGUGAAAAUCUGGUUCCAGAACCGACGAAUGAAAUGGAAGAGAGGAAAGAAAGUAAAGGAACCCCAGAGCAACGAUGGAGAAAAAGAAGUAUCGACUGGUCCCGAUGACGUCAGACCUGACGGUCCAACGCCACUGGAACCCGUGGUAGACACCGAGGCGCGCAUCACAGUUGGACUACAAGGGGACGAGUGCAGUGAAGUCGGGGUACACGACGACGAUGAUGACGACAUAGAUGACGACAUGGAUGAGGACAUGUUGGCGGAGGGAUACAUGAACGACAGCUCGUCCGACGAACGAGUGAACAACCCAUCGGACGAUAAUGAGAGCUAUGGUAGAAACCAGUACCCAUCCGCCAAUGAGCGUGGGGGUCUCGACUGUCAUCCAGUGGAACCAGUACAUUAACCGUCACAUCAUAAUGAACUCAGAUAAAACUCAGACCAAAUAAUAACGACCAAACCUACCCAGGGUCUGACCUCUAUAUCAACCGCCAUGUGAUUGGCCGAAAGAGAACGCCCUUCUGUUAAACUUGUCGUCCAUGAAGACUUCUUGUUGUAAAUACUUGAUAUUCAAAGUGUCCACAAUUUGUCCACAAUUUGUUGUUAAAGUCCAUUUUAUUGUUUGAAAUACUUGUAUAGUCUGUUUGGUGUACAUUCUAAUGAAACAUAAAAAUAGUGCAUAAAGUGAAGCUAUUAUGUCAUGGUUUUGAAUCGUUUUUUUUUUUAACUAAUUUUAAUAUUCACAAUACAACA